AGUCUGUGGUUCAGGUUAUGAACAGUAUUCGGGCGUGUACAGAGACAAGACUUGUCUCUGGCGUGUAUACUGUUUUACCACUUAUAAGCCCUGUUCUAUGCUUGUAACUUUUUCAUUAAUGUUAUUUCUGUGUUCAUAUAAAGAAGCAAUUAAACCCGUAUAAAAUCCAGUUGUUUUAAAUAAUGCCACCUCCUAAAGUGAAAUUGCACAAAAACUCUGGAAAAACCCGCAGGGCUCCCAAUCUGCCCCCAAUUCAAAUUUCCCAAAACCAGAGGGUAGAGCAGCCCAGCCCAAGUGCACCUGACGUAAAUCCUAUCACUGGCCUGACAACAGAGCAGGAGCAGCAGUUCCAGUUAGAGCUGUACUGGUGUAUACAACAAUUCCAAAAAGCGUUAUCAUCAGGAAAAUUAGCUGCUAAACAAGUACAAGAACAUACAAAGUCCCUCAACACAUUAAUGAGUAAUACAGCGCCUAUAGUAAAGAAAAGACAAGUAAUGAGGAUGUCCUUCGGGGAUUAUCGAACCAAAAUGUUGGAGGAUGAAAAAAGGGCUAAAAAAAUCGCCUUAAAAAUUGCCACAGGAAAACCGAGUGAAAAAUCUACGUUUUAUAAAAAAGCCAACAUUAGAGACACAGAAAAUGAUUUCAAAUUCAAUUUUCCCACUCCCGACUGUAAUGGGAUUGAUGAAGGACCACCUGAGGAAAAAGUCAAUGGCGACGCCCCAAUAGAAAAUAAUACAAUAUUUAGUAGAUCUGAUAAUAGUUUCAGGUUUAAUUUUUCAAAUACGAGUGAAGGGAAUGAAAAUGGCACUCAAUCAACCUAAUGAAGCUUUACUUUAAGAAAUAAAGUUUAAGUAAGUA